AUGAGCUACACCGGGUCCCACCCACACAACUUCAUACCUUCGUCCACCGCUGCGAUACCAAUGAAUCAAGACGAUCGACGGGCGGUACGUCCGCUUGGGGAUGACGGCAGCGCGGCCUCCAGCAAGCAGGUCCACGCGGCUAACCUCGAAGCCCAGGUCCGGGUGUUAGAGCAGGAGGUGCAUCUCCUCCGCACCGGUCUGGCGCAGAACGAAAGACUGCGGCAGGCGUCGACCCCCGGCUCCCCGCCGCGACGCGUUCACUUUGGGCCUUCCUCCGUUGUACCGAUCCCACGCGUCACCCCCUCAUCUGCUGCAUCGCCCGCCGACCUCGGUUCAACACGUAGACCGUCGAUGACGUCCUCCAAGCAGCCACGGCGACAGUCUUCGCCCUCUACCGCGGUAAGGUCAAACGGCGGCCGACCCAGUUUAGCGUUUGGGCAGCGCGUCGACCCGUCCAUGUCCCGCACGGCGCACACUGCAGCCGCUGGUUCGACGCACACAAGCAACCGGCAACCUGUGACUCGCGCGACGUGGAGCGAGGACAGCAGCCAGGAAAAGGCGCAGAAUGCGGAGGUAGAGUAUCUGUCUUCUUCGGCAGCAGCAGCUACAGCCCAAGCAUUGCCCACUGCAGCGAACACAACGUACGUCCCUCUCUCCCCCGCACCGGCAUCUCUGCGUGGAAGCAACACAGCAGGCAUCCCUCUUCAAGGAGCGGCCGCCGGCGCCACCGUUGUGUCCGCGGUUGAGGGAGUCUCUCCCCUUCCUUCGUCCUCACCGGGUGCAACGGUCUGGGCCUCCGCUGACCCUUCGCUAUUAAGGAGGCGCGCUGCUGCUGCUGUUGCUAAUAGCGCGAAUAGCGCUCACAGUCACGUCGACAUUAUUUCUAGCUACCCAUUCCGCACCUCCUCUGCACCUCCUCUGACGCCGGCCAACGCGGCGUCUGUCGCGCCCGCCCCCAUUCUGGUCACCAUGAGCAGCGACCGGUUGCCGUCGAACGCCCUUCAGCCGAAUGCAUCGACAAGUGCGACUUCUUCCGUUCCCGCUUCCGCAGCCGCGGCGGCAGAGGGUAACACGCGACCGCUUGAAGGGGUGAAGAACACGACGGAGGGCAUCACACAACCGAACAGCAUUUCCGCAGUUGCCGCGUCUUCUGUCGCAACAACAUCAGAAACGUCAACCACGGUGCCUGCUGCUGUAGCAUCCACGCAACACACAAGCGAACCGCAGACACGCGCGUCUCCCUCUAUAGCAAACCUCAGCAGCUCUCCAAGCACACGCGUGGAUGCGUCGGUCGAGGAAAUGACGCGUCAAAUCGUGGAGCUGCGCGACACCUUAGACCAGCGAGAGGCGUUGCUCCAUCGAGUGCUCCUGGAAUUGCACGACUGCGGCAGCACUGCAGGAAGGACAUCCACCACGCUAUCACCGGCACGCCAUGGCGCUCCGGACGACAAAGAAGAGCAAAGAAGGCGCACCCUGCGGCUUCUCACGCAGGAGCUUCUCGCCGCACAGACGCAGUUGAGUCACGCGAAAGUGUCCUAUCGACUUGUGCAGGAGGAGCUGCAACGGCAGCAACAGAUUCCUCUCGCUACGGCACCUGCAGUGUGUGACGCUGCACCUUCUUUACCUCUACCACCACCACCACCACCACCACCGCCGCCGCCGGCAACAUCCGAACUGCAAACGCAGUUAGAUGCCGCAUUACGAAAAGUGAAGGCGUGGGAGGACUGGUACGCGAGCACCACACCCGCUGAGGCCGGCAGCACAUCUGGUGAGGCAGUGGCAUCAGCAACGUCUGCGCCUUCGAAGUCUGCAGACAAAAAUAACAACGACAGCAGCGCCAAUGCAGAGAAACGGAGAAAGAAGAAGCGCCACUCAGCCGAGGACGAGGAGAAGAACGCAUCGCACGGACACCGUCGCCGCGGUGGGCAAGACAGCUCCCGCUCUUGCUGCUGCCCGCACUGCGGCGAGGCGUUGACGGGCGCUUCUCCAUGUGCCUUCCCCUCUGCGGCACCGUCCUUUGCCGGUUAUUUCCCUUCCUUCGAUACAUCUCGUGCGCCUGCUGCGGCGACGCCAGCGUUAACGUCCGCCUACGCCCUCGAUGAUGCGCUUUACAGCAGGUACGCCUCGCACGGGUAUCCGGAGUCGUUCCUGGAGCCAUUCACAAAGGCGCCGUCAUCGAGUGCGGUCGCGGCUGACACUCCUCCACCGCAACUUCAGGCCCACGCUUCCACCCCUCCACGCGAACCAACAAGAGCAUCGAGAGCAGUCCCGGCAGCUUCUCCCGGUGCGUCGCGAAACGCAAUGCAGAGCAGUCGCGGUGCCGCCCCGGCACACUAUGGGACGUGGGAGGGUGAAGUGGGUUGCGACCGUAGACGAGGACUUCAUGGUGUCCUCGCUCCGCCUUCCACUUCUUCCUAUUACUGCGAUGACCUGGAACACGCUAAGAUGCAGGCCUACUGCAAGCAGCAGUACGUUACACAAAUGGCACGUGAGGCGGCCGUGCGUGAGCUGGCGGAGGCGGAGCGGCAGGUGGCGGAGGAGCGUCUUGCCGUGCGGCAGCGACAACGGUUGAGUUGCACUCCACCUUCCCCUCCCCUUCUUCCUCUACUCCGAAAGCAGGCGGCCCAAGGGCACCAGCUGUUGGAGGAGCAACAACAACGGGCGGCACCACCACGAGAGAAACCGUGGAUGACAGAUAGAACACGGCAGGAGGGCUAA